GCAGCGCGGCCCUGGAGGAGCCCCGCGCCCCCGACCCCGGACACCGGCCUGGGCGCGGCGCCGAGCCCUCGGGAGGGGAGCCGGAGGCCAGGCUCGGCGGGACUAACUCAUGAAGAACAAGGGUGCCAAGCAGAAGCUGAAACGAAAGGGAGCCGCCGCCGGAGCCUUUGGCUGUGACCUGACCGAGCACCUGGAGAGCUCAGGACAGGAUGUUCCAUACGUAUUGAAGAGCUGUGCGGAAUUUAUAGAGACUCACGGCAUCGUGGAUGGAAUUUAUCGGCUUUCGGGAGUCACCUCAAAUAUACAAAGGCUAAGGCAAGAGUUUGGCUCAGAUCAAUGUCCAGAUCUGACAAGGGAAGUGUACCUCCAGGACAUUCACUGUGUGGGCUCACUCUGCAAGCUCUACUUUAGGGAGCUGCCCAACCCUCUCCUGACUUAUGAGCUCUAUGAGAAAUUCACGGAAGCAGUGUCACAUUGCCCGGAAGAAGGCCAACUGGCCCGAAUCCAAAAUGUUAUCCAGGAGCUUCCCCCAUCCCAUUAUAGGACCUUGGAAUACCUGAUUCGACACCUGGCCCACAUCGCCUCCUUCAGCAGCAAGACCAACAUGCAUGCCAGGAACCUGGCCCUGGUGUGGGCGCCAAACCUGCUCAGGUCCAAAGAAAUCGAAGCCACUGGUUGCAAUGGAGACGCAGCUUUCCUUGCAGUUCGGGUCCAGCAGGUGGUGAUUGAGUUCAUAUUGAAUCAUGUGGAUCAAAUCUUUAACAAUGGCACACCUGGGUCUUUGGAGAACAAUGAAAACCCGCCCAUCAUGAAGAGCCUGACCUUGCCAGCCCUCUCCUUGCCCAUGAAGCUGGUGAGCCUGGAGGAAGCUCAGGCCCGGAGUCUGGCUACUAACCAUCCUGCUCGGAAGGAAAGGAGGGAGAAUAGCUUGCCUGAAAUUGUCCCUCCCAUGGGCACCCUCUUCCACACUGUUCUUGAGUUACCAGACAACAAAAGAAAGCUCUCCAGUAAAUCGAAGAAGUGGAAAUCAAUAUUUAACCUAGGACGUUCUGGAUCAGACUCCAAAUCAAAGCUGAGUAGAAAUGGGAGUGUAUUUGUGAGAGGACAGAGGCUCUCAGUGGAAAAGGCUACCAUCCGACCAGCUAAAAGCAUGGACUCGCUGUGCUCAGUGCCUGUGGAAGGGAAAGAAAACAAAGGAAAUUUUAAUCGAACGGUCACCACCGGUGGAUUCUUCAUUCCAGCGACAAAAUUGCAUUCGACCAACCCCGGCAGCUCAUGCGAUCUCAGCAAGCAGGAGGGCGAGUGGGGCCAGGAGGGGACGCCAGCGGGGGCAGAGGGGGGCUUCGACAUGAGCGGUGACCGAAGCCAACUGCAGGGCGCUCAGGCCCGGCCCCCGCCCGAGCAGCUCAAGGUGUUCCGGCCCAUCGAGGACCCCGAGAGCGAGCAGACAGCCCCCAAGAUGCUGGGUAUGUUCUACACGUCCAGCGACAGCCCCAGCAAAUCUGUCUUCGCCAGCAGUCUCUUCCAGAUGGAGCCCUCUCCUCGGCACCAGCGCAAAGCCCUGAACAUCUCUGAGCCCUUUGCCGUGUCCGUGCCGCUGCGAGUGUCAGCUGUCAUCAGCACCAACAGCACCCCAUGCAGAACACCCCCGAAGGAGCUCCAGUCGCUCUCCAGCCUGGAAGAGUUUUCAUUCCAGGGGUCAGAGAGUGGAGGUUGGCCUGAAGACGACAAGCCACUGGGAGCCGAGACUUCUGCAGCUUCUCUACCUAAGAAGGUGGCUCUCGAGGAUGCCAAGCAAGGACCAGAAGCAGUGAGGACAGUGGAAUGCAACAAGGGCCCCUCCCUGGAGCCAGGCUCCCAACUGGAGGAAAAGAAGACCUCAGAAACUUCCCUGGGCUCUCAACAUUCAAGUGAAUUAGAGAAGAGGCUUGACCUGGAGAAGGCAGAGGAGGAGGAGGAGGAGGAGGAGGAGGGUGGAGAGGCUGGCCAGGUGGAGCCCAGCACUCUGCAGGAGAGCCCCAGGGCCAGAGCCGAAGCGGUGUUUCUCCAUGAGAUGGAUGAAGAUGACCUGGCCAAUGCCCUGAUCUGGCCCGAGAUUCAACAGGAGCUGAAGAUCAUUGAAUCCGAGGAGGAGCUCUCGUCACUGCCACCACCUGCUCUGAAGCUCAGCGCAGCCCAGCCCACCGUGGGGUCCGGCCCGGGGCCUUCGGCUUCCCCGGAGCCCGCUGCGAGCUUAGCCUGCGGUCCCCCCGCAGGCCCCACCCCCGUGGAGGCGGGGACUAGGGAGCCGACCAAUCAGAGCGCACAGGGGGCCUCCUCGGCAGCCAAUAGGGAAAAGCCGGAGAGCCCGAGCGCGAGCCCGAGCGUGAGCAUCCUCCCGAGGCCCGAGCCCGAGAAGGGCGGGCGGCCGGACCCCACCGGCCUGGCUCCUCUGGAAAUACUUCCUCUUGGGGCAGCCUCUCCACCAGCACAGGUGGACCGGGAAGGCCCGGGGGAGCUGUCUCCGCUUCUCCCGCCUGCUGCCCCCCCUCCAACUCCUCUGGAGGAGGCGCCUCGAAUCCAGCCGCCAAGGGGCGGCCCCGAGGGAGCAGACCCGUCCAGGAGCUCGAGGACACAGGCGUGCACAGACCUGCCGAAGCCCGGGGGCAGCCCGGGGGCCCCUCGCCGGUGUCCGGGGCAGGAGGCCCCUCGAGGACAAAGGGAAAAGCGAAAUUCAAAGAAUGCUGCUCCGGAUCCUGAGGGAAAAGGCUCUGGUUUGGGGAGCCCAACAGGAGAGGCGGAGAGCUCCCCACCAGGAGACGGGGAGGUGGCCCACUCGGCGCAGGAGCCCUCAGACUGUGACGAAGACGAAGCUGUGACCGACAUCGGCCAGCAUGGCCUGGAGAUGGUGGAGCCGUGGGAGGAGCCCCAGUGGGUAACGAGCCCCCUUCACUCUCCCACCCUGAAGGAUGUGCAGGAGGCCCAGGUGCAGGGUGCCCAGGGCCGCCGACUGGAGAAGAGGCUCCCCCACAGGCCCGGCCUCCGUCAGAGCCAUUCUCUAGAUGGCAAAACCACCACGGGUAGGAGCCAGUGGACUCUUGAGGCUCCAUCCUCCAGCAGCUGUGCCAACCUCGAAGCAGAGAGGAAUUGCGACCCUCUGCAGCCCCUGGCACCCAGGAGAGAGAUUACUGGAUGGGACGAGAAAACCCUGAGGUCCUUCAGAGAGUUCUCUGGCCCAAAAGGGACAGAGGCUGUUCCCAGCCAGAAGGGACCGGGUGGUUUGCAGCCCCAAACAGCUGAAAUCAUCCCUGUCGGCCUAGCAGAAGGAGAGGACCCGGGGACACACCAUGAGCAGAGCAGCCCUCAGCUUGAGCGAGGUGGGGUUCCUGGGCCAGACGGCAGCAAGGAGAGUUCACCUCGUGUGCAAGACAGCUCCUCACCUGGAGAGCGUCCUCCAAAGUUACAGCUGCAGAGCACUGAGUGUGGGCCUCCGAAAGGGAAAAACAGGCCUUCUUCUCUCAACUUGGACUCCGCUGUUCCCAUCACUGACCUCUUCCGGUUUGACAAUGUGGCCUCAUUCGGUUCACCUGGAACGCAGCUCUCUGAGCCAGGAGACACAAAAGUCACAUGGAUGACCUCAUCUCACUGUAAAGUAGACCCGUGGAGCGUGUGCUCCCAGGACCCUCAGGACCUGGACAUUGUUGUUCAUGCCCUGACAGGCCGCCGUAACUCAGCUCCUGUGAGCGUGUCAGCUGUGAGAACCUCCUUCAUGGUCAAAAUGUGCCAGGCUAGGGCAGUCCCAGUCAUCCCACCCAAGAUUCAAUACACACAGAUCCCACAGCCCCUGCCCUCUCAGAGCUCAGGGGACAGUGGAGGGCAGCCUCUGGAGAGGAGCCAAGAGGAACCCAGCUCAACUGGUGGGACCUCUCAGAGAUCUGCCAGAGAGGAUUCUCUCUCCUUGGAAAGCCCAAAAGAAGAGAAGCCAAAGCAAGAUACAGGAGCCAUUGAGUCCUUGCCAAUGGAUACCACUACAUCCCACAUGUGUGAGGGACCCACCCUUCCUCCAGAACCAGUCUUGGCUAACCUGCUCUCCACCCAGGAUGCAACAGUGCAAUGCAGAAAGCGCACAUCAGAGACAGAGCCAUCCGGAGACAACCUUCUUUCUUCAAAAAUAGAGCGACCGUCCGGGGGUUCUAAACCUUUCCACAGGUCAAGGCCAGGAAGACCUCAGAGCCUAAUCUUAUUCAGUCCUCCUUUCCCCAUUAUGGACCACCCUCCCCCUUCAUCCACAGUGACAGAUCCCAAGGUUCUCCUGUCCCCUAUCAGAAGUCCCACCCAGACAGUUUCCCCUGGCCUUCUUUGUGGGGAUUUGGCGGAAAACACAUGGGUCACACCAGAAGGGGUUACACUUAGGAAUAAAAUGACCAUCCCUAAGAAUGGCCAAAGACUAGAGACCUCAACCAGCUGUUUUUACCAGCCCCAGCGGAGAUCAGUGAUUCUGGAUGGAAGAAGUGGGAGGCAAAUAGAAUGACAUUAGUUCACCUGCUGGUGUCUGGAAAAAAGUGGCAUGAUUCAUCAUCUGGAAGUUAUUUCAAGGCCAGCGUGGCCAUUAUUCCAGGAAUAGGUUAUCCAAGUUUGGGCUUAUUUUGGCCUCUUUUCUUUCUCCAGCUUUCUGACCAUUUAUUAAUUAGUCCAUUUGCCAGAAGAGAGGUCAAGGGAAGGACCCAGGGAUGAAAUUUACAUAAAUCCAUAACGGCAGGUGGGAAAAGGUCAGGUAAGGGAAGAAGGAGUGCUUGCUUCCAUUGAGUUUGGGAUUGUGAGUUGCAUUUCUCCCAUUGUCAUUAUCUAUUAUCGUUGAGAGUUGGCUAAAAUAAUGCGUCUUUUGAAAGAAAGAAAAAUCCUUUGCCUGUGUUGGAAAAUGUUGCUGUUGAGGUUUGAAGGCCUCCUCUUUACUUCACGCUUUUUAAUGCUCCUUAAAGCAUGUUUUCUUUUAGAUCAGUUUUCUGAUAAACUUUGUAGAUGUGUACACUCUACACAUGUGUAGAGGUGCAAGCUAAUGUACACUUAGAGACCCAAGUGGGUGAGGUUACCCAUGCUCUUUCCCUGGAAUCUCUGCAGACCUACCUGUUGGAGAUGGUUCCAUAUGUCAGUGUAGAAAAUCAGAAUCGAUACACGAGAGCAAAUUCGUACUGGCUGUGGCUUUUGUUAAUUUGGGACUCUACCAUUAUCCUCACCUCUGAUUUAUAAAUCCAGUAGCUGGGCAGGGUGAGGGCUGAGUUGAGGGUUACCUCAGUGCAAUGUGCUGACUUUUCACUUAGGUAUGGAGUAGUGAUCUGUGUGCUUUCCAAAUCAGAGUCCGUGAGCAGGAUAUCAUCAUAGAGGAAAACCCCAUGCAUAGGUAGGACCACACGAUGUGUUUAAAGAACUGCACUAAUGUGUUCCAAUCGAUGGGACAGUAGUAGAAAACACUUCUGGCUCAGCUUCCCAGUCCUCCCACGCUAGGCUGGGAGUACGGGAGAGGAUAAGGAGGGAGCCCUAGCAGGGUGGCCAUCACUACCACUCGGUGAGAGCUGCCCGCAGAAAAUGUAUUUCAUUUUAGCCUGCGGGUGCCUCCCUUUCUCCCUCUCCUUCCAUUACUCAGAGCAGAUUUGAGGCACCUUUCUCCCCCCUGAUACCCCUCAUCCACCACCCACCCCAGGCCCUCCCACUUGCCUUUCUCCUGUCUAUAUGCAAGCAGAAGCAAUAAACCAAUCUGAUUUUAUAUCAGUUAUUUAGAACUUCCAAUGGCUCUUUCUUUUUUCAGCUGGUGAGAGGAAGGAAAACUAAUAUAACCUGCUGGCAGAUUUUUGGUGCUCCCCCCAAAAGGGCUUCCCAAGAGCCCUUCUCAAAGCAAAACCCAUUAGGGUAUCAAUAGUUUCAAACCUUCUAAGACAACAAUCUUAUUAUGUAGGAACAAAUUAAGAGAGACCUGUUUCUAGCUCUAUUCACAUCUUCUCAGGCUCAAGUCCGGCUCAACUGUUCACAAGCUGUCAUUGCAGAAAUUUCUCUAGGGACUAGCAGUACCUCUCAGCAGACCUCACAACCAAGGCCGAACUGAAGUUACCUCAUCUGGGAAGAAAUUAAAAGCCGAUAUCCUGCAACAGAUACAUAUUCCUCUCUCCCUUCUUCCCUGAUAAGCCUUAGUUUUGAAAUCUAGUGCUAUGCCUUUUAAGCCAGUGUCUGUGGCAAGGGUAACUGGUAGGCCAGCUAAUGAGUUCUCCUUUCAGGGGGCACUGAGGUGUGUGAGCAAGAGGAACAGUGAAGAGGCAGUUCAGUGUCUUCCAUUCUCAUUAGGUGAGUGAGACCCUGGACCAGCAGCCAAUGAGAAGUCAACCCAUAAAAAAAACGUCCUAGGGCAGGGCAUUUUUCCUCCUUGGCAAACAAGGUGAAGAAAUAUAGUGGUGACAGAUGAGAAAGGCCAUGUUCAGGAGACUUGGAAAGUACAUUCCUGCCUUAUCAGAAAAUGUGGGCAGAUAGGCUUUCUCCCAUCGCAGUGCACUAUGGUGUCUACACUUUGAUAAAGACCACGUUCCAGUUAGAAUGUGAGGGAAGAAAGGAACUGGACUUUGCUUCACCAUCAGAGCUCUGAACCGAGUAACGAAAUAUUUAAACUAUUUUAUGAUCAUUUUGAAUUUUUGUUUGUAACACUUAGAGGAUAUAUUUUAUAUGGGGAUAGAGUGAGAAGCCAUGAAGUUCAUAGAGGGAGUUCCGCUUGAGGCGCCCAGGCAGAUUCUUCAAAGGCUGCCCUGCUCCUUCGACUCUGUCAUCUCUUGUUCAUAGCGUCAUCUUCAGGAGUUUGGGUAUGCGGAUGCCAUCAAGAGACACAAUGACAACUGUCUGGAGAUACUCUCUACUCUGAGCUCUCCUAGCCAGUCAAUCCGGAAGGCUGUGGAAGCUGACUCACCUUCUUGAUUAGUGCCCUGCGGCCUAAAUGUGGACUUCUUCGCUAUAGCCCAGACUGUCAACUGUCACAAACACAUUCAUAAACUUCCUGUGGGCUGGGCUAACCUGACGCUGAGGAAAUUCCAUUUCAUGGCAGAGAGAACUCACAUUUUUUUUUCCCCUGAAAUUGUUCCCUCAAAUGCCCCGAGAUUACCUGUUUGGUCAUUCACUGAAAAGUGACCCCUCUGAGAAUGGCUGGAUGGAAAUCAAAUUGCCUGCUUCCAUCCAGAGGAGGGACAGAACAAGGGCUGGUGGUUUUAGGAGGAUCUAUCUGCAUGGUGCCCUACAAAGGGCUGCAAAAUCAGAUUCUCAAAGUGCUUCUUCAAAUCAGUUACCAUUCCUCAAAAUGCGUGGUUGAUUUUAAAUGGUGAAUUGGAAAUGAAAUGCAUGCAUCUCCUACUGUUUUCUUUCAGUUUUAGUGGUUGCUUAUGAUAAUAACCUAUAUUUAUUGGCAAAAUGGCCCUCUCAGGCCAACUAUUUUUUUUCCUUUUUGGGGGGAGAGGGGCAAAAUGGACCAGAUAGAGGGAAUCUGGUUUUUAUUUUUUGCUUCAGAUGGAAUGUGGAGAGACCUCACCAAGAACCCCACUAAGACAGCCUAAUUUAAAGCCCUAAAAUUCAAAAUAUUGGCCAAAAUUCUGGAUUCUGGGGAAAUUAAAAAUGUAAGCAUCAUCAUCUUCAACAAUAUUUAUCAAGAGCUUAGUAGUAUUGCACUGGGUACCUUAGAACUCUUAAAUCCCUGAAGAGUCUAAUGAAAAAAGGGAGCAAGUGAAAAAAGUGGUAACAAGUGAAACGGUCAAAAAAAAAAAAAAAAAAAAAAAAAAAAAAGAAACGGUCCAUAAACAAAUGGGAGCAAGAUUUAGAACCAUUACCAAAUGAAAGUUGAAAGGGAAAAAUGUAGCAACUACCAUCUUUUAAUAGGAUUGUUAAUAGUGUUCAAGUUACCUAUUGGCUUUAAUUAAACACAAUGGCAAAUCCAAUAGAAGGUACUAGGGAGACACUCGGGCAUUGAGAAUUUUGCUUUGGUUGUUUAAAAAAUGUGAGAGUGGUAAUUAAGAACAAAUAGUUCUAAAGUUAUGUGUGGUCUUAAUUGGUUUGGUUGUGAAGUCCUGCUGGAUCUCUGCUAAUGAGCCACUUCAUGUCAGCAUUCCAGGCUCCUGGAGAGGGGGCUUUAGAGAUGUCCAUCAUCACAAAAUAGGUUAACUCCUGUUGAUGAUGAAGUCAUAGGUCCAAGAUAAGAUGUUACUUUCAUGUCGCAUGUUCACCGCAUGCUAAUCACAUUUGACCAAAAUUGGGUGGUACAGUCAUUUGUCUACACAGGUCUCGUGUUGCUGCCUGAAGAGGUAGUGGGGAACAUAAGACUCACUGGUCUAGAAUUGGAGCGAGAGAGGUUCAGGACAGGUCCAGUUCCCACCAGGAUUGAGUAGGACCACAUUCUACAAUGGCUUGUCCUAUCUGAUGACAAAAAUGAAUCUUGGGGCUAAAUGUUUUCAGGAGUAUAAUUUUAGGCACUUCCAGCAGAAGGUCAGCUAAAAAUGUAGAAUGACAAAGAAUGUGUCCUCCUUUGUCAAUACCUUCUUUAGCAGUCAGGCCAGAAGAAGGAGCGGGCACCUUUCCAAGCAGGGAGAGGCAUAGGAGAUGGAAGAAGGACGACUGCCUGAGAUCAGUGUUGGUCCAGAGAGUGUAAAACUGGGGGCCACCACGGAUGGGCUGGCGCACCGUAAGUCAUUUAGCAGCCUUGAGGGUCAUGAGCAGUGCAAAAUCACGUCUCUGUGAGGAUGAAGGAGGAUGUAGCUAAGUCUAAGAAAUCCGUGAACUAUGCAGCCAUGUGUUCUACUGGAUGCAUCACGACGCUUUGCAAUAACUUAAUGCCAUAGUAAUUCCUGGCUUAUAAUUCUGCAAGGUAAAGCACUUUUUCAAAGGAGUCUGUUAGAAAUCCACAUGGUUUCAGCUUGUUUGUUGAGCUCGACAAAUAUGUUUCCAAAGAUAUAAUCAAAUUUUUUCUAUUGAUUGAAGAAGUAUAAAUAUUAAACCUAUCCAUAGAGACAUUUAAGUGUAAUUAAAACAUUGUUACGCUUUAAAAAUGUAUUCUAAUAAAUGAUAUAAAGGAUAAUGCUUAUGAUGGCACUAUGAACUAGAGGAGGACCUGGGGUCACCAGAAUCAGUAGUAGGAAAAGUAGAUUAUAUGCAUCAGUCUCGUUGUUCUAGUUCGAUGUUAGUUUUUACUUCCAGGUUUGGUCUCACAAAGUCCUGAUGAUUUGCUUCAGUAAAUUUUUCUUGUUUUUGUUAUUUUACCUCUUAAUAAUUGUCAAAUAUUUGCAACUUCUCUUACUGUUACAAUCAUACAUGUUACCUAAGAUACCCACUAUAAAUCAAUGGAUAUUGUCAUGAAAACUAAGAAAAAAAGCUAUUGCUCCCCAAAAGUCCACAGCUUUUGGAGUUAUGUGGAUCCAUCUGAACCGAUGUGAACUCAGUUUUUUUCUUAUUUGAAUCAGUCAAUCGAAGGGGACUACUCUUGCAUUUGAAUGAUUAUGUUAAUGAUGUUCUGGGGGAAAAGAAGCAGAAUCCUGGCAUAUAUUAUCACAAAAAACGGGGGAGAGGGGCACUCAAUGGGUCUAAAUCACAGGUCCUCAGGAAAACAGUCAUGCGAUGGAGGCUCACAAUCUGGUGAUAGUUGCAGUGAGAAACACCAUUGCCAAGGGGAUAAAAGUACUAGCAUUUUGGCAACAACAUUCUAUUUAGAACUUUAUGCCACCCCGGCCUGCUCCCAUCAUCCGUAGUUACUGCCCCAAAUGCCUUAUCCUCCUCCGUACUCCCAGAUCUCCCGCUCAGCUGUUUCUCUUUCCUGUAUCUGUGCCCACUGCCCCCCAGCUGGCAGCACACAGCUGCCCUCACUCCUACAGUUCCUCUGGAGUCUUCUCUCCUCACAGCCCUGGGGUCUUCCCUGAAUGUUGCUUCCACAUUCCUGGGCUUCCAUAAAAGGUGACGCUCCCCUGAGGGCACUCCUGUUCCUACAUUUCUCCCUUGUUACACAGACUACAAAUUGCUGAGAUGAUGUUCUCGUUUCCAGCUUCUGUUUCCACACCACUGCUUCUUCCCAACUCCUACAAAAAUCUCUCAUUACCCAAACUCACGGAAUCCAGCUACUUCAACUGUUCCCAUUCUUUGUCGCCAUGAUGUAGUCAGUGUCUCACUGUCUCCAGGUCUUUGGCACUGAGCUUCCGGUUUCCACCAUUGUUCUGGAUGAUUUCAGUGAUGCUAAGGAAAACCCCCUCCACACUCUUGGCAUAGUUGCUUACAGCUUUAACCUCUCUUCAGUUUGGCCAUUUGCCUUCAGGGUUACACAUUAUGCUGUUUCACAACCCAGAACUCUGUGAUCCUAAACUCCUAUAUUCCAUUCUGAGAACUUCUAUCCUUGCUCCUUUAUUCCUUCUGCCUGUUCAGGAUUAUUAAUGCCCGGCCUACCUCUACCUUUCCGACAGUACCCCCACCGGACUUCAUUCUUCCUUCCCUAGCCUUUCCAGACAUCAAGGUACAGCAUCUCAACUAUUCCCACCGGCACCACUAACUCCCUUGACCACUUCAGCCAAACCUGCUUGGUGAACCUCCAAACUAGGACCAGGUCUCUUACCACCUGUCUCCACCCUUUUACUUACCUGUUGAGUUAGACCAGAGAAAAAUCGUAAAACCGUGGCAGGAGCACCUUUGGAAAUGUAUGGUUUAUCACCUCAGCCAUACCUUCAUUCCCAAAACUCACAAAAGCUAUUCCACUAUUCUAAGCCCUUUCCUAAAAUUGAUGCCACCAAACUGCCUCUUACUUCACAAACUUCUGCUGGCAGAUCUUUCUUCCACCCCCACUCCCCCACCAGCACUUCUCCUAAGCCGUGUAUGUAUGUAUCAAGCCUCCCUUCUAGCUCACAGAAAUUGCUAUUCCUCCUUCCCAGGGGCUCCCAAGAACACUUUCUAAUUCACUGCUUCUUCAUUUGCUACUCUGGACCAGCUGCUGCCCGCUGCCCCCAUUGCUCCAUUAAAAUUUCUCUUAUACAAUCACCAAUGAUCUAGUAACAAAAUUCAAUAGUUCUGUCUUGACUUCCUUCUUUGAUCUGCUGAUCAUUUCUUCCUUGAAACACUAGUUCACCUCAUCUCUUAGAAGUCCAUUUCCUUAGUCUUAUUCAUUUGAAAGCUUCCUCUUCCUCUGCUCUUAAAUGUUAUUCACCAGAAUUGUCCUUACUUCUCUUUUCAUUCCACUUUUCCCAUCACCCAGAGUGGUGACACCCCACCCCACACCCUCUCACCUUCUCAUACAUGGACCUUUUAAAUGGUUGGCUAAUUUCCCUACUGUCUCGUUGACAUCUGUCUGUUCUCCAAACAGAUUGCACAUAUUGCUGCCAAAGUUGUCUAGGAUAGGACAGUGGAUCUCAUCAAAUUCACCUUGAGUGUGUUAAAACAGACAUCUGGGCUCUAUCCAGAGUUUGUGACUUGGUUGGGGGGUGGGGGGGUGGAGCUUUAAACUUUCCAUUUCUUACAAGUUCCCAGUUAGGUGAUGCUGCUGCUGCAGAAUCAGAGGUUAUAUUUUGAGAACUCUUGAUUUGAGAAUUCUCUGGGUCAUAAGUCCUAAAUUUAAAAUCUUUCACUAGCAGUCUUCAGUUCCUAGACUUCUGUCCGCUUAAGAAUUACCUGAAGUACUUGUGAAAGGGGCACAGUUUUGGGUUUUACUCUCAAGAUUCUGACUUAGUAGAUCUGAUGUCGUGUCUGGGGAUCACACCUUUAAGAACCUGUGACCUAUAAUAAAAGUUUAAACCCCUUUAAUGUGGAAUUCAAGUCCUCCUAUAACCUAUUCUUUGCCUACUUCUCUAGCAUCAUUGAAGUAGUUAAGAACUAGUGCAAGUCCAUGCCUUGGGUUUUUGCACUGCAUGAACCAUCUCCCUCAUUUAUGUGGUAAACUUCCAGUCCUCCUUUAAAAUGCUUGUGUUACUGCUGCAGUGAAGUCCUCCGACACUGCUGCAGCUUCCAAGCAAAAUUGAUAACUCUUUCCUCUAUCACCUCUGUAUCUUGUAUGUAUACUUCCUUUCUGAACACCUUUGUGUUACAAUUAUUGAUUUACUUACCGGCCUUCUAUUAAUCAACUCUAAACAUCACUAUCUCUGGCACCCAGCAGUGUCCAGUACAUAAUAAUUGCUCAGUAAAGAGAAAUGGGGGAGGGGUGGUGGUGGUGGUGAUUGAUACAUUAGGGAAAGCAGCUUAUGGAAUAGAACAUAGAGCCAGAGUACACAGGAUAUUGGGGAACAUUCCCAUCAUGCCCAUCCCUGUCAACUACUUUCCUCUACUUACCUACCUUAAGCCACCCAAACUGACCAAACACCUUCCUUUCUUUGUAUCCAAAGUUCACCCAAUUAAUCUUUGCCAAACCAUUUUCCACACACCACUUAAUAUCCCAGUAAAUAAACAAUCACCAAAAGGCCACCCUUUACUGAGUAUGCAUCUCCUAUCACUGAGCAAAGAUGUCAUUUCUCUCACAUGAUGCAUAAGUAAUAGGAUACAUAGGUAACUAGUAAUUUUUCUCUUCCCCAUCUGAAUGUGGCACCAAAAAAGGGCAGCUGAAGUGUAUAGGAGCAUGUUGAACUGAAAGCUAUCUCCCUGAGGGAAAUAUCUGUCAUCCAGCUGUCAUAUCUGGAAAGAGAGGAAGGCACUUUGCAAUUCUUAUAGCCAAAACUAAUUUUUAUUUUGUAUACUUCCUUUUUUUUAGCUAGCCUGGCAUCUGGUCCUCCUGUGCUAGUUUAGGAUAUGGCAAAGACAGGUCAAACCAGAUGGGGUGGGGGGAUUAGUUUACAAAAGUAGUCUGUUAUCUCUAAUCAGUUAUCAGGGCUGUGUUUCAGAGGCAGAACCAACUCAGAGCCAUUUUGAUGAGACACGUUUGCGCUAAGACCACCCAUUUUGCUUUUUAACUGUCAAUCCCAUCAUCAAAAUGUUUGUUAGGACAAAAGAAAGCCUAUCUUUAAGAUCCUCAGGAAAGAAUACCGAAAUGGCAACUUUCCUGCCGCCCCUUCACUCCAAGAACCACCGUAUUUAGGCUGAACCAUUUACAAAAACAACGAAAUACACUGUGGUUACCUUGCUAUUUUUCCAAUAUACCUAAAUUUUUCCCAGUGUAGGCCACUGCCCUUGCUACUACUGAAUGCUCCCCAGAACUAUUUAUAUGGCUCAGUACUGCUUCAUUGCUCAGAAAUUAUCUUCUCAAAGAUGCCUCCUAGCAAUGCUACUCAGUACUUUCUAUCUCUUGCCCCAAUUUUCUCCUCUUUACAUUUAUUAUUACUACCAGGAGACAUUAGAUAUAAAUUUAUUUACAGCACAUAUUGCAACCCCCAAAUUGCAAGUUCUAUAGAGGGUAGGGCCUUUGUAUCUCUUAUUCACUGCUAUCUAUAUCCCCAGUGCCUAACAUAGUGCCUGGUGGUCAACAUGUAUUUGCUGAAUAGCUGAACAGACUUAGCUCGAUUGCUGAAUAAUAGAACUUAAAAAAAAAAAAAAAAAGUAUACAUAUCAAAAUACUUAAGGAAACCAUGAUUAAUUUAAACAUAGCAGUUACCCUGGGUAGCUAUAUAUAUACACACACCUACCCCUCAUCAUGCUGCCCUUGUUGAAAACCUACUGGGAACUCUUCUGCAAGAACUGUUUUCAGAGCCAGUUUAUGAAUUACGAUUGGUCUUUUUACUUCAUAAGUCAUAUUGUGUUUCAUCAAAAAGUUCACAGUGUAAAAAAGCCAAACCAAGCACAGAAAACAGAUGAGAAUAUAUUUCAGGCUCUCAAGGCCUCAGAAAUUUAGAUGACCAGUCACAUCAAUGGACUAAGAUCACCUCUCAAGAACACAGACAUGGACUAAAAUGGUUAGUAAUGCUCACAGACAUAGAGGUUCUGGAAUUUGAAAUUAAAAACACACACAUUUUAGGCACAAAGUAUCAGAGGACAAAGAGGUAACUUCUAUUUCACUUCUGCUUGUAACUCCGAACAUGCCGCUGUAGGUGGGCUGCUGCCCAAACUGUAUCCAAGACUUGCCCAUUCUUUUAAUCAAUCGGGAUCUUCAACCUCCCCAUACUCCAGCCCACAUGGCAUUUGCACUCAUCUUCUCCCACUGGUCCAGCCAUACACCUCCUCCUUCGUGAGUGCAAGCACUCUAAAGACAUUGUCUUACAAAGUAUUAUUUCAAACAUCUAAUAACUAAAGAAAAAUCUUAAGAGGCAAAAGAAGUGAAAGAAUGGGGAAAAUGACAGCUAUAUCCUCUGAGUUUCAGGAUAGCUGCUGAUUCUUAUUUUUAAAUGUCAUUGGGCAGAACAAAAUGCUGCAUUCCCAUUACACAGAAAUGCUUGCUACCAAUACGCAACAAAGACUCCCACCCAGAACUAUAACCCACUCUGUGCCCCAUGUAUUCCAGUACUAUUAGGCAGCCAAAAAGAAAGAGAAUGGCAACUGUCAGGCAACUCCACUGAUCUCCCUUUUUGUAGCAGGAAGGCCAAUGAGGACUAAAGAUAAUAAGGGACUGGAAGGAAAGCAGACACACUAAAGGUACGGUAUCAAGUGAUAUAUGAGAGGUGUUCAUAAAUGAAUGAGUUGUUCCACAGCCAUACAAACAGAUCAAUCUCUUUACUGGAGAGGAACACCUCUCGUCCUGUGUAUUAUUCAAAUGUACUAACACAUGAAAGAUCACAUCACCUUGUUUGUGGAUACAUUUAAUAUCCCUUACCCUUCCCACCUUUCAAAACAUAAUAGUAUACAAAAUAUAAAAUAUCUUAAAUAUUUAUAAAAAUCGCAAGAAAAAAAUAGAACGUAUGAAAAUAUUUUUAUCUGAGUUCUCCCUCAUUGUUGAGAGGCAGCUUAGUUUGCCUUGAGUUCGUAACUGUUGAGUGGGUAGGAGUAUGCCCUGCCUAAUACUAUUCUGUCCCGAAGAAGUUUAAAUAAAACAUAGUAGUUGCAGAAGAGGAUGAGAGCCAUGGAAAGCGUGUGGUUCCACUUCUCCGACCGCAGCAAGGAAUAAAGCUGGUAGAAGACGACGCUGCCUUCAAUAAGGAUAAGCAGAUUUAACAGCCUUAACGGGCGAUGAAAUAGGAACUGUAAGGAAGUUAAAAAGCAAAACAUUAUUUCACAGAAAAGCGAAGUAGUUAUUCUCACAUUUUUCUCCUAAAAUAAUUUCAUAUUUAUAGGUUCCUAUAUCAGUAACACGUGGAUCUGCUUACUGAACAUCAAUCAGGCUAUUUCUUGCUGUAGAGACCCAAACUGUUUCCUCUUUGUUCAAGGAAUAAUGAAAUAAAUUUUAUUUCAAUGCCCUGAGACACGAAAGAGCAUUAUACCCAAAAGAACUGCCUCUAAACAUUUUCUUAAAUUAUAUCUUGGGUAUAUAUCUUAUUUGAGAUGAUCAAAAAGUACACUAAUCCUCGACAGGAGCUGGACAAAGAAUUGAAUGGAAAAUAUCUUAGACUUUGCAAGUCAAGAGGCAAAAAAGUGAAGACAUUAUAUAGGUAGGUACUUACAGUGUGUAAAAUGAACCAUUUAAAAAAAGCAAAAAUCAUUGUUAGUUUACAGGCUGGUCUAAGACAUAAACACACUAGACAAGGCUGGAGACAGGGGCGCGGGAAGGAUUACAAACUGAAAUAUCAAAACAAUAAUUUCUUAAUGUUCCCUUAAACUGUUUAUCCAUCAUCAUCAUGACUCAAAUCCUCUACACCAUGUAUUUCUGCUGUUUUGUUUUUUGUUUUUUUUUCCUGGAUAUU